AUUACCGGCGCACAUCUAAACAGAUGUGGGCAGGGCAAAACAUCAACUAUAAUCCAAAUGAACCAACUGAAGACCUUAAAGCAUUUGAGCGUCGUCUUCGUGAAAUUAUCAAUGGUUUAGGUCCGAAAGCAUAUAAGUGGCGAGUUGUUUUGUCUGUAGCUGUACUGAUACUAUUAUGUUCGUCAUACUGUUGGCUUAUCGAUCCUGUCACAUACCAAGCCGGUUUUAUCGGUUCCUUGAAAAAACACCCAGAGUUUGUAUGUAGCAUUUUGUUUCUCAUGGUUCUUUUUUUUAUGGGAGCACAUAAAAAAGUUGUUUUGCCUAGUAUCAUAGCUCAUCGCAGUCGAGUUGUUUUAGCAGAAUAUAAUAUGGCAUGUGAUAAUUCUGGAAAGCUCAUUUUGAGACCUAAACCUAAUCUCUAAUAAACUAUGUAUAAAUGCAUCGUGUACAUAAUGUAUAAAAAUCAGCCGUUAAGUCUUUCAUUAUAGUUUACUUUGGACUAUAUGGAUAUAUGUAGUCGUACUGAAUAAUGGUCAGUCAACGGAUCAAAAGAAACAAUUAAGUCCAGAUUUUCAAGUCAAUUAUUAAUUUUCGUGUUAUCAAGAUUCCCGGAGUAUCAAUUCAUAUUUAUACUGUUUAGUAAGCUAUUUGUGGAAUUCUCCUCACCUUUUUUCAAACAUAUGCCAACUUAUGUGAUUAUUCCCAUCAAACGAUUGACAAAUGUAAAGCCUAAUGUUGAUUCGUUUGUACAACUGAUUACUAGGAAAUAUAUUUUUCAGAAUUUGUC